AUGCUUACGCCAUGGUGGAUUGAUGAAGCAUACCUGUCCAGACGAACUCCUCUUCCAUUAUAUAGCAGUACAGCACUUAUGUUUCCAAAAUUUGAAUAUUCUGGUUUGGAUGGACAACUCGAAAUAGCUGCGAAAAUUAUUCAAGCAUCUCUUAAAUAUUACAUAAAAAUUAUGAAGAAUGAAAUACCUCAAGAAAAACAUAAUGAUACAUUACUUUGUAUGAAUCAGUUUAAAAAGAUUUUCGGUACAACACGUAUUCCAGCACCACGUAAAGAUCAAAUGGUUUAUGGAUGUGACAGAGAUCCACAAUGCAAACAUAUUAUUGUGUUACGCAAUGGACACAUUUUCUGCUUACCAGUUUUUGACGCAACUGGUAAGGCACUAAGCAUUAAGCAAUUGGUGCAUGAGCUGAAAACUCAAAUAGUAGAAAAAAGUGAGGAAUAUAACUUGCAUCCGAUUGGAAUCGUUUCGUCUGAUGAACGUGGCGUUUGGGCUGAUGCGUACAUAAAAUUGAAAGAACGAAAUGGCGAUCUGGUAAAAAUGGUAGAAGAUAGCUUAUUUGCGAUUUGCUUGGAUCGAAAAAUGGCUCAUAUUGAUGGAUCAAGUGAUGUUGAUGUUCAAGCUCAACAGUGCAUUCAUGGUGGUGGAUGCCACAAUAAUUCUAGCAAUAGGUGGUUUGAUAAAACUGUUCAGUUUAUUGUUGGAAUAGAUGGUUAUUGUGGAAUGACUUAUGAACAUUCUCCUUCAGAAGGACCACCAGCUGCAGCCUUAAUGGAUUUCAUCGCAAGCGAAAUAAAAAGUGAUGAUUUUGAUCAUAACGAUGCAACUGGCAGCAUUGAACCAACAUCACCGAUACAUUUCUCGAUUCCUGAUGAAAAGAAGGAACUGAUCUUAGAUUCCAAAAAAAAUAUCAAUCACAUAGCAUCUGACACAGAUGUUAAAGUAUACACUUUUGAUCAUUUUGGUAAAGAAUUUAUCAAAAAACUUGGUAUCAGUCCAGAUAGUUUUAUACAAAUUGCAAUGCAAGUUGCAUAUUAUCGAAUAUAUGGCAAACUUGCGUGUACGUCUGAAAUAGCUACUUUACGUAAAUUUACUGACGGACGUACAGCUAUCAUUCGAUUGCCCAAUUUCCAUACUGCCAUGUUUACUGUUGAUAUCACGGAUCCCGAUAGUUCAGAAGAUAUUCCAGCAUCAAUGAUGGCUACAAUGUUCCGUGUUUCUGCGCAACAGCACAAGAAAUAUACAUUAGAAGUAAUGGAUGGCAAAGGAGUAGAUCGUUAUUUAUUGGGUUUAAAAAUGAUUGCUGAAGAACACGGUCACCCGAAACCUAUUAUUUUGGAUACAAAAGCUUAUCAGAAACUUAUGGCUUUCACUCUUUCUACUUCACAAAUUGGAACUCAUAAUUUCAUCCCAAUAGCAUAUGCACCAACAGCACCUGACUGUUAUGGCAUAUGCUAUAAUCCACAACCUAAAAAGUUGCAUUUUACUAUUUGCACCUUAAAUAGUUGUAUGGAAACUAGCUCUUCCAGGUUUGCUGAAGAAUUGGAGAAUGCAUUAGUUGAUAUGCGUACAAUUAUUUUGAAAGGUGAAUAA